UACAUAUACCGCCCGCUAACCCCUCUCUCGCCCGCCCCCUCGCCGCCGCUACACGCACUGCCCCACUCUCAUCUUCCUUGCCUCCGAUCGCCGCAAAUGCAGGGCCACGCCGCCUCCGAGGGCGCCCUAGCCACCGCGCCGUCCAGCCCCACGCGCCGCCUCUGCUGCGGCCAAGACGUCGUUGACUGCGCCGAGGACGACGACACCGGAGGCAUCCACUUCUUCUUCAGCGCCCCGGCCAGCCCCGUGCACUACAUCCUCCGCUCGCCGCCAGCGUCGUCUUCCUCCUCCGCAGCAUCGGUACACCACGCCGAGGGAGACGGAUGCGCAGGCGACUUCGAGUUCGCGUCGGCGCGCCACCGCGUCGCCGGCACCGGCAUGAGCUCCGCCGAGGACCUCUUCCUCUCCGGCCGCAUCCGCGUCGGCGGCCUCUCGCCUAUCCGCCAAGAGACGGGCCACGGGGAGGAGGAGGAUGGCGACGACGGCGGCGGGCACUCGCGGCGGCCUCGCCGGGCCAGGUCGGCGUCGCCGCCCCGGACCCCGCGGUUCGCGGAGAACGGAUCCGCAGAGACGCCCUCCGAAUCCUUCGCGUCCUCGUCUGCGUCCUCCGCGAAGACCAUCCGGCGGAGGAUCUCGCUGCGGGACCUCCUCGGCCGCACCUGCAGCAGCGAUUUCUCGUCCUCGGCGGGUCCGGCGUUGGCUUCGGCCAUUAACUCCGGCGCCGACGCCGAGAUCAGGUCAAGCUUCUGGCUGCCGUCCAUCUGGCCGUCGCGGACCAAGAAGGGCCCCCUCCUCCCCUGCCCCUGCCCGGCGCCCCCGCAUCCUGGGCGCCGGUCCACGUCGUCGGUCAGAGCGGCUCCCGGCGGCGGCGGAGGCCAUGGACGCCAGCGCGAGGGCGCGCCGCCGCGGCGCACGACGUAUCUGCCGUACCGGCAGGGCCUGGUUCUCGGAUGCCUCGGCCUCGGGGCCCGGAGCUAUGGGCUCGCCAAUUCCAUGCACCCGCUCUCCACCCGGUGAAAAUGCGUGUGCCCACGCGGAAUUUCAUUCACAUUUCGCAUAGUUUCAGCAUGGCUUGCGUGAAAAGGUUUGACGUGCUAUUGUUCCAGAAGGGUAAAAAAUGAUAUCAGCGAUGUAAAAUUAUAAAUAUAAUUUUGCUCCACCGAUCCAAUACUUUUAUGGAAAUGUCUAUUUUAUUUA